GGAGGACAAAAGAAAUGAAACCUUUAGAGUUGGUUGGUGAAACAGAGAGCAAGAAUCAAGAUUUGACCAAAACACGAGAGAGAGAGAGAGAUUCGAUGGAGAAAGUGAAUCAAACGUUCUUCUUAUCUCAUGGCUCUCCUACAUUGAGCAUUGACGAUAGCUUGGAAGCGAGACAGUUCUUCAAAUCAUGGACCAACAAAGUUUUGCCACAGAAACCCAAAUCGAUCUUGGUCAUCUCCGCACAUUGGGACACAAAAGUUCCAACCGUCAACACUGUUCUCCGCAAUUCCACCAUCCACGACUUCUAUGGCUUCCCUGAUCCCAUGUACAAGCUGAAAUAUGAAGCACCUGGAGCUAUUGAAUUGGGGAAGAGGGUAAAAGAAUUGUUAAUGGGAGAAGGAGGAAUGAAACGUGUUGAUGAAGAUAAAAACAGAGGACUGGAUCAUGGAGCUUGGAUUCCUCUUAUGUUGAUGUAUCCAGAGGCGGACAUACCUGUUUGCCAGCUCUCUGUUCAAUCAUCUCAAAGUGGGACUUACCAUUACAACAUGGGCAAAGCAUUGGCUUCACUUAAAGACGAAGGUGUUCUUAUCAUUGGAUCAGGAAGUGCUACUCACAACUUGAGGAAGCUUGACUCUAAUAUAACUAAUGGCUCAGCUGUUCCUUGGGCUUUGGCGUUUGAUCAUUGGCUCAGAGAUUCUCUUCUUCAAGGAAGAUAUGGAGAUGUGAAUGAGUGGGAAGAGAAAGCCCCAAAUGCGAAAAUGGCGCAUCCUUGGCCUGAGCAUUUUUACCCGCUGCACGUUGCAAUGGGUGCAGCAGGUGGUGAUGCAAAGGCAGAGCAAAUUCACACAAGCUGGCAGCUUGGUACUCUGUCUUAUUCAUCUUACAGCUUCACUUCUUCCCUUUGAAAAUAUUUCAUGUCUAUCUCCUUCACUUUGUUCUGUCUCUACUUUUAAUAUACGCUUUGUGUAUUUCAUCUAUUUACAAUAAUCCAAAUCUUUCCUUGUAUGCAAAUACAAAAUCUACUUUGUGAACGACAAGAAGAAAACAAGUCUGUAAUUGGUUUAUAUAUACAUUAUAUUGGAUUGUC